GUGAUCCGAGUUCACAUUCUGAGCAGCAGCAGCAGAAGCAGCAGUAGCGGAUGGCGUGGAUGGCAUCGGAGCGAUAGAGGAACAGUCCCAUCUCACUGCAAAUUGCGAAUUGGGCACUGGUGCCGCAGCACCAGCCAACUUAACCUGAAUUGCUAGGAAUAGCAUUCCCGCUCGCACAGCCCACGAACUUAGCGCUUUUCUCGAUGAAUGACUUGGAUCAGUUUUCUGAUAGAUAGAUCCAGGAUGACUCUUCAUUCUAGGUUUCUUUGUGUUUUUUAUUUUCUUCUCUUUGUUUCCUCCCUCUUCCUUCUGAUGAGCAACCUGCCUUUGAUUUGGCUAGAUACAUAUCUAGUUUUUAUUUAUUUCCUUUUUCAUUCCGUUCGUUUCCAGAACUCUCGAUUGUUUUUGAAAGUGGAAGAGUGAGGCAGUUGCCGUAGCGAGAGAUAGAGCGUGUGAGUGUGUGUGUUUGUCUCUGUGUGUGUGUGUGUGUGUGUGUACAGGUGCUCAUUGUGGAGCUCUGUGGGAGGAUUGGCGUCAGGAUGUCAAGUGUGAGGAUCAGCUGAGGUUUAAUCUAGUGUGUGUACUAGUUUCAGUUGUCAGGAAAGUGACGGGAACUAUCGAGAACAAGGACCGUUGCUAGUGGUUUUUUUUGAUGUGGUGGUGCUGCUUUUAUGCGCAACUGGAGCGCUUUUUCUGUAGUUCUUUGAUGCGUGCGAGAUUUUAGUUCAGUUCUGACUCCUCAUGAGCGAACCCGUUGCGACGGAGGACUUCGAACCUCUUAGAUGGUCUAGGUGGAGAUUCAGGCAAUUCGGAGAGUGUCUGUGUGACUUUCUACGUGGGGUGUGUGGUGCACGAAGGGGCUCCAAGUGUGCGCGAGUCGGUUUACAGGUUUCACGGAUCAAACCCAGGCCAUGAAUGCCGUGCUUUUAGAGUGCUCGGACGAGCGGCAUAAUUUGAGGCCCGCGUUUCGCGGAAGAAGGGGUUCGCAAGUGAAGUGCAAUGUGGACCCUCGCACCUUGAUUGUAGUUGUAGAGGUGUGAUUCCAAGGACCAACUGUGCUGUGGAUAUGCGAGUGCGCACCAGUUGGUGCAGUGUGGGAUAUGGAUGGAGUGAUCGGAAUCAUUGAAUCCGAGCUUCCUGCAGACAGUGCCACAUGUUACGUAGAUUGUGGGAUUUUGUUUAGAGCCCCUUCUUCCGACGUUGCAGCAUCAUUCUGCUAGACUUCGUCGAACUCUUAAGCGAAUCAGCCGAAAUGAGUUAAUGCCACAUCCUCGAAUACUUGAGCAUAGACCAAAAAAAAAAACGGCAAAAAGUUGAGCAUCACCGAAGGCCGUUGACUUAUCGAAACAAUGCCGUCAGUGGAAGAUUGUGAGGAUGUGGUGGCAAGGAGGCAGGAGCGCAGUGAGCCAAGCCCUAAAAUGCCUCCCUCUGGACGGUCUAGGUCCACUUCAAGAAGCAGUAGAAGGAAAACGCUAGAUCCGUCAAUGCUGACUUCAGGGAGAGGGCAACCAGUGCCUCAAGUCUCGGAGGUCGGCUGUGGAUGUAAAACCUGGAAUAGGAUUGGUUUGGGAAUCGAUGUAUCUUCAACAUCAACCUCCGAUUCUCGCAAACAUCCGACUUCUGGAGACAAGACACCUCCUGCUUCUAAGGCCGGCAAGCUUCCGAAGUCCGUCAGUGGCAUUUUCUCCCGACGGACGUCCAAGCCUGCAUCACCCGUAGCCGCAACCUCACCAAAAUUCGAAGAGCAGUGGUCCAGUUUUCGAGAACAGCAUCAGCAAGAAAUGAAUGAGAUGAAACAAAUGUAUAGUGCUUUGCAAUCAAUGUGUCAAGAAAUCAAGACCUUCACCUUGCAAUCCCAGGGGUCCUCACCACCCUCAAAAUACUGCGAAGAUGACUCGGAGUCCUUAAAAGCUACUCCGCAGAAGGUGAUGCUGCCAGCAAGAGCAAACUCGGUCGCAAGCGAGAAGAAACGCCCUCCGCGAGAGAAAGACGUACCGACACCGCGAAGGGCGAAGUCGGCUCCCAGAACACGAACGAAUGGUUAUCCUGUGAGGGACAUGAGCAGCUCUAUGAGGCUCCAAUUCCUCAAGACGCCAUGGACCGACCUCACAACCUCUCUCUUCGAAGAGAUCGUGCAGGUGCAGAAAACGUUUCUACGGAGCUUCUGCCAAUCACUGUCCAAACAUCGCGAGCAGAGCAUUUCAGUGGAGGAUCUCCAGGACAAUCUAAGGCCGAAAGACGUCGUGAGUUCUUUAAUCGCCCGGUUACUCCCCCACACUUCCUUCGCCAAACCCUGGCACUUGAAAUACGCGUUGGAGGCCUGUGUAAACAGACUCGUUCUAGGGGACUUCGGCAGCGAAAGCUACGGGCUCUCCUCGGACAUGUCCCUGUUGGACAAACAAGGCGCGCCUCGGAUGUCAUCGUGGGACGAGUACGAAAUGCUGGCGUUGCUGAGCCCCACAGACGCGAUCAACCCUGACAGCAGAGUGUACCACGAGAAUUUCCACAUGUUUUGCAACAGGAAGUUUCAAGCGAUUCACGAUGAGCUGCAGUGGUGGGAAGAGUGGCCUCAAACCUUGGUGGAGGAUUUCCUGGAGGCCAUGAAGCAUGUGUGGCGGGCGCACAAGCUGGCCUACUCCUUCGACCCGCCCGCUGCCAUAUACUGCGUCAAGACGUCCACAGCUUUCGAUCCCAAGUACAUGGAGACUCUGGAUGUGCUCACCAUGCCGCAGUUCGAUGCCUCCGUCUUCUCCUCCAAAGUGGGAUUCAUGGUGACUCCGGGCUUCCUCGUCAACGGCCAGGUAAUCAAAAGUCAGGUUUACCUGAUGCCGAAGAUAGGACUCCUCUGCUCCCCUUGCAAGUAGGCUCCCUCCGCUCUCCUUUGCCUCCCUCUCCUUGCUGAGCAGCUAGGGUUCCCAUCUCUAGGUUCUCAUGGUAUAGUAGUAGUAGCAGUACUGGUACUGGGAAGCAGUAAGAUGAGCUCUCUCUCUUCUCUCUUUUGCUAGUCUGUGCGUGCGUGCUUGCUUGCUUGCUAGCUAGUCUAUUGUAUUGUAGAAUUGUGGGAGGUCACCUCUGCAGAUGCGUUGGGGUCUGUGAGGUUUAGGAUUGUGGAGGAAUAGGGCAAUGGAGCACUACUUCAUUCCCAUUCUGCAUUCAUUCUUGCCCUGGCAAUCUGGCAUUGCAGAGCCGGCAGUGCUGCCAACCCUAGCGGGAUGGUUUAUUUCUUUCUUUACCGUACCGACUUGGGCAUUGUGGUUCCAUUUAUUAAAUUAUUAAUUUAUUUUUCUAUCUAUUUAUUUCAUUCA